UCUUCACUACUUCAGUACUCGUAACACGCACACCACCAACACAUCAUAUACAGCUGAGUCAGAAGUACAAGAACCUUAGUUGUUGAGAAGAAAGUAAGUUCGUGGUGACUAACUAAACUACGCUACAAGAGAGUGAGUUAUUCAAGCUUUGUAGACAGCUGCUCCGUUCAAUAAAACAAGAUGCCAUGUUGGCAACCAAAAGCUUGCUGCUGCUGCUGUGGCUCCCUCAAGACUGGGACACUGGUUCUUGGAAUGCUCACGCUGAUUGUGUUUGGCAUUGACUUUUUAUCAGUGAUAGUGGCAGCUGCGUUUAAGUACAAUGAAAUAAUAUCGACAUGUGAUGAAUAUGGUUCAAAGUCUGACCCCGAUGGCGCGGAUACAGAUGUUGAGCACAUAUGUACAAUCAUAAUUGUGUCCGUCUUCGUCACAUGGGGUGUCAUCAGUCUAGCAAUCACCAUAUUCAGUAUUCUCCUUCUGGUUGGCGUUAAUAAGAACAUGCCUGGUUUAAUGAUACCUUACAUGGUAGGACAAGUAAUUGCAAUAUUACUCCUUGGAACGGUCUCUUUCGCUCCCUUUGUAAUAGGCAUAAUCAAUGGAGUAAUUCUUGGUAUCAUUCUCGGACUUGUGCUCUUCACUGUUAUUGUGGGUCUUCAAUCAUACCUUCUACUGGUUGUUCGUGCACACUACAAGGAGCUGAGGCAGCAUAUACAGGACAGGAACAGGAAUCCAGAUAGCGCAGAAGUGAUGCUUAACAAAAUUUAAGCCAAAAUCUGAGUCCUCAGGCUGGAGAGAACUGCCUGAUUUACACUGAAUAGGAGGCAAGAUCUCUGGAGUCUUAUGAUUUGAAAAAAAAAAAAAAAAAAAAAACACAUCUAAUGGUCAGAAUUCAAGGCUAAUAAGUUUCCUUGAAAACAAAGUGGUAUGAAACAUAGCUGCCAGACAGCUUACAAGACUGAUGAUCACCCAUUUUAUAUAUAUAUAUA